AUGACUUUUGGUUCAUUUCUAAAACGGUGUUUGUGUUGUACAUCUACUUCUGAGGAUGAAACUGAUUUUAUUGUUGAUAGUCAAACAGCUGUUGGGAGGCCUUCGGGCAGGAGUUACACUGUGAAUAGUAAAGCUCCAAGUGCAACCGCAACUGAACAAAUCCAGGACGUUCCGACACUAAUUGUCACCAGACCAUUAGACGAUGAGUUUUGUGCUUCGACAUCAACAUUGUUACUAACAUCUGAGCGAUCAGCUUCUGCGAGUGACAAUACGAGUACGACCAGCUACUGUUUCAAGAAUGCAAAAUCAACGACAUAUGAAGCGUGCGUCCAAGGAAACGCUUCAAAAGAAUCAGUAAAGAGCCAAGGAAUCGCAUCACAAGAAUCUAUAAACAGCCAAAGCGACGGUCCUUUUGAUGAGGUGUAUUUGACAGACACGCCACAACAGAACCAUGCAACAUUGCCAAGGCGCUCGAAUUCUCCGCUGCCUCAUGAGAGAGAUCUGCUUGACAGAGAUAGGUUCUCUCUCAAUAGGAGUGGACUGCAGACAAUGCAACCGGACAAAAACAUGAAACGUUACGUUGACAUGCGUUUCAGCUCAGUUGUAAUUGCGAUACCAGAGCAAAAUGUACACCUAGUUAAAAAUAAAAACAGAGUUAUAAUUAAAGCGUGUGAAUCUCCCAUUUUAAUAAACUCCGCUCGUUCGGAAUCCAUGGCAUCGGUAUACUCCGGAGCCGGUGAAGGUACGCGAGGCAACGUGACAGUGCGGGGAGAGGUACAGAUCUCAUUGGUGUACAACUACCGGCUCGGCGCUUUAGAGGUUGGAGUCAAGAGGUGCCGAGAGCUGGCGCCAGUUGAUGUUAAACGAAAUAGAUCCGAUCCUUAUGUUAAGGUGUACUUGUUACCGGACAAGUCCAAGGCUGGCAAGAGGAAGACGAAAGUCAAAAAGAAUACUCUGAAUCCCGUGUUUGAGGAGACUCUGAGCUUCGUGCAGCCGUUAGCCUCGCUGUCCGCGCGGACACUGUGGCUUAGCGUAUGGCACGCGGAUAUGUUCGGACGAAACGACUUCUUGGGAGAGGUGACCCUGCCGCUGGCCGACGUCGUGUUCGACGACCCCGCGCCCAUGUGGUACAAGUUGCAUGAAAGAACGGAACAAUUCGACGAGCAGCAAGGCAGCCGCGGCGACCUCAUCGUGGCACUGAAGCUCGAGCUAAAUGACACGGCUCGCGCUAAGGGAACUCUGCACGUGCUCGUAAAGGAGGCCAAGAACCUCGUCGCCACCAAACCUAAUGGACUUGCGGAUGUCUUCUGUAAAAGUUACCUGCUACCAGAACGCGGUCGUCUUGCCAAACAAAAGACCGUAGUGUGUCGCCGAACACUGAACCCGAAGUGGGAGCACACGUUCACGUACAGGGGACUGACCUUGCAGGAGCUCAGCACUAGGGCUCUAGAACUUAGCCUGUGGGACCGCGAUCGACUCGCCUCCAACGAUUUCAUGGGAGCCAUCAGACUAUCUUUAGGGACCGGUACGUACAUGGGAGCCCCCGUGAACUGGAUGGAUAGUGUCGGCAAAGAAGUUACCUUGUGGCAGAAAAUGAUGCAGCGACCGAACUUCUGGGUUGAAAGUUCCUUCCCACUUAGACCCCACCUUAACAAUUGA